GGAUUUGAUAAUAUAGCUUUGCCUGCCUGCAUGGACAUUCCCUUUUCAUUUGCCUGAGUACAUAACUACUACCUGUCCAGGGUGCGAUAGUAGUGGUUUGAUUUAAUAAUAGUUCAGUUUAAGUUCAUUAAGAUUCAUUUUGAACAUAUUUUCGACAAACGGCCUCGACAUAAACGUUUAUGAAACACUGGCUUCACGCGUCGUCGUUGUCUUUUCUCCGACAAGACGUGAACGCAGCACUGCUUCUUCCCUCUGCGUAUCCCACAAUCCUGUUCGGCGCGGCUGCGUCAGUUUUCACGCUGUACGUCAAAGAUCAGCUGAGCUCGUGCGUCGCCGCAGUGAGCGCGCGGGUGUCAGCGGCUCGCGUUCGGAGCACCUCGGUGCUGCUCGGUGCUGCUCGGUGCUGCUCGGUGUGUGUGUGUAUGUGUGUGUGUGUGUGUAGCCGGGUUUUUUUAAGCAGCUGUAAGAAUGUGACGCCUUCACGUGCCCCGUUUUCUACGGACGCUUUCAUGCGUGUUUUUUUGUCGUCAAUGUUGCGUUCAUCAUCUGUCAGUCCCCCGUCUCUGCGGAACCGUCCGGACUGAGGAGGACAUUCCGUUUGUUUUGAACCAGGAGUGGACAAUAAUAUGUCCAGACGGAAACAGACCAACCCCUUCAAAGUUAACUGGCCAUUUCACACUCUGGGCAUCACAGGACUUCAGCACACGAUCAACAUGGACGGCAGGGACGAGUUCACCGAAGACAGCGAAUGCUGCAGCAACAACUCGCGGGAAGUCCACGGGCAGGACAGCGUCUCAGAAGACAGCGACAGUGACCUCGACAACCACGGCGAGGACUUGUCCUCCAACGCGUCCGCUGACGACCACAUGACCACCAAGAGGACGCAGUGUCGCCUUCAAGGAGCGGGAGUCAAAGAGGAGAGCGAGGACGGAGGAGACCACCUCCACAGCUUUGUGUGUCCUCUGUGCACUCUGGACUUCAGCAGCCCCGAGAAACUCAUCGCCCACGUCUACCAGCACACGAGUAUGAUGAGCAACACUAAGAGCUUCGUGUGCCCGGUGUGUGGGCGAGCGCUGAGUUCGCCUGGCUCACUCGGGCGCCAUCUUCUCAUCCAUUCCGAGGACCGCCUCUCCAACUGCGCCGUCUGUGGAGCGCGCUUCACCGACACCAGCAGCUUCAACAGAGAGAAGCUGAAAGACGUCCUCGACACGUCCAGGAUGGACGUCGCUGAUGGACGGAACACAUGUUCCUUGUCUCAGUCUGUGUCCAGCAGCCCCAUGAACAGUCCUGGCCCCGGCAGCCACGCCUGCCACGGUCCUGGUCCUGGUCCAGGUCCCAGUCUGUGUCAGGGUCCACAUCCAUGUCAAGGCCCUGACCCCAGCACCAACUUAUGUCAGUCCAGUCUUACCUGCCAGGGGCUCGGCCCCAGACCGUGUCACGGUCCGGGCCCAGGAUCUGGACCAUGCUCAGGACCAGGACCCUCCUACCCCUCGCUACCUGACGGUCUGCUCUCUGACGGGCCGUCGCUCGCGUCCAUCCCUGACGCUCUGAACUCCUCUUCCUCAGGCCUUCCUCCCAUCCCUGACAUCUUGAGCCCGAUGCCGGUGUAUCCGGCCGGCGUGCUGCUGGUGUGCAACAGCUGCGUGGCCUAUCAGCAGCUGGUGGAGGCUCAGUCGCCGCUGAGGAAGUGGGCUCUGCGCAGAAAGAACGAACCCUUAGAAGCGCGUCUGCAUCGUCUGGAGCGCGAGCGCACGGCCAAGAAGAACAAGAGGGCGUGUGAGACGGACGAGGAGCGGGAAAUGAGGAGGCUGAGGGACCGCGAGGCCAAGCGCAUGCAGAGGAUGCAGGAAUCAGACGAGCAGAGGGCGCGCAGGCUGCAGAGAGACCGGGAGGCCAUGCGCAUGAAGAGGGCCAACGAGACGCCCGAGAAGAGGCAGGCCAGGCUCAUCCGCGAGAGAGAGGCCAAGAGGAUCAAGAGGCGGCUGGAGAAGAUCGACCCGGCUCUGAGGACACAGAUCGAGAACGAUCCUGCGGCGAUGGCUGCGCUCACGGCCGACAUGAGUCUCUUUCAGUUUCCCUGCCCCAUGCCCGUCCCUUCCAUUGACAACAGUCUGUUCAUGAAGCUGCCCUGACUGGACCGGACCACUCUGGGGACGGUGGGGGGGGUUCUGAACAGCAACGUUAACCUCUGCACUCCACCGUAAAUGCAGAACUGUGUCCGACAGCUUGACACAAACUUCAGAUGAUUCCAGUGUGAACACAGUGUUGUUGGAUAAAGACUUAAACGCAUGCUGUAAAGAGAUUUGAUCUUUUUCCAGCGGACGCUCAGAUUUAACACAGAGCAGUUGUAACUUUUGCACAUGGACCUUCAGUAAAGGGGGCAGGUUCUGUAGCCACAGCUCCUCCUCCUCCUCCUCCUCCUCUCUGCCAGUCCAGUGACCCGGGUUUACUGGUAGCCACACCUCUGUCUUCAAGCUGCCAUCGCGGGCCUGCGAAGUUAAAAUUCAGUCCAAAUACUACCUCAGCGCGGGCGACACCCCCUCUGUCUCCAAGCUUCCAAAGCUCUUUAUCUACUGUACACUAUACUACAGAGGUCAUGUGUGUGUGUGUGUGUGUAUCACUGAGGCACUUUUAAAGGAACAUUUCAGGUGUUUUGUGAAGUAUGAGGUCGUUCACUGCAGAGCUGUCGCUUUGUUUAAAACUCUUUUAUGUUUCCUUUGACGCUUUAGUCCUGGUUCACACUGGACUUGUGUGUGUGCAUGUGUCCAGUAUGAUGACACCUGCUGACUGAAGUGUGAAAAUGCAGCCGCGGCACGUCCAGUGUGAAGCAGGCCUUUGUGUGUGGAUGUUUCGCUCACUGGUGUUCAGUCACUCACAGCGCCCUCUGCUGAAUUACGCAGGAAUGACAUCAGACUUAUUUUCUCGGUUCCAUCCCAGCGUCAGAUAAAGUGACAGCUCUGAUGUGUGGUCAGUGUGUUCUGUUCAGCUGACUAACUGAAGAUAGUAAAUUCUUAUGAACUGUUUUUCAGAUCUUAUUUUCCAUCAUGAACAGAAACUGUUACAGUGAUUAGAUCAGCUGUGUUAGUUUUUCUCUGCAGCUCUAAACUGACGUCACUCACUGACUCUGCAUCAGUGCCUGAAACACCUUCACGUCAAAGAACCUGAACUGUUCCUUUAACGGGACUCAAACAUUCACGUGAUGAACACAUCACGUGUCCAUCACGUGAAUGUUUGACUCCCAGGUUUGUACCGUUAGUGUCGAGCAACAUUCCCGUCGUCUUCAUGCAUUUGCCUCUCGACACGCUCUCCACGUUCUGUCCACAUCGUUCUCUCCACGUUCUGUCCACAUCAUUCUCUUCAUGUUCUCCUUGUGUUCUCUUCCCUCAAUCGCUCCUCGUUCUCUUUGCCACUUUGAAUCUCUGUUUUCUCUCCGCGGUCACACACACACACAGACACAGGUGUUGAAUACUUUGCCGGUGCGAUUUGUCGAUUUGUCGUUUUGUUGAUUUGUCAUUUUGUCGUUUUGUUGCAGAGGGUUUUUCUGCCUGUUAGAAUCUCAGUUGUUGGCUGCUGUUCUCGUACUGUACGACACAUUAGUUACCUCUCUAUAGUUUGGGCUCAUCAGUUCAGUUCAGUGGUUACUGACGACAGAAAUAAUCACAUUACUUGAAUUCUGCCCACUCAGACGUAUUUCUCUCAUCAUCAUUAUUAUUAUUAUUGUUAUUAUUAUUAUUAUUAAUAUUGUACUGAGGCUCUCUCACACACACACACACACACACAGAUGAUGCAGAUUGUGUAGCAUUGUGAGGCUGCACGACUUUACCACUUGUUUAUCUCUAUAAAUAGAUCUAUUUCUCUUCUGUCAGCAGGAACCAUGGUUUGAACCUCAUGUCCCUGUUUUUUGAGGCUAAUUGAAUGAAAGUUACGGCCCAUACUGGGAGACAGAUUUUAUUCAUUAACCUCAUUCCUGCACAUAUUUAUGCAAUAUCAUGUGAAUAUUGUUGUUUUGUUCUUUUGUGAAAAUAUCUGGGUUACAUUGUAUCUGUUGAUGAUAUAAAGUUGUUCACACUUUGUUAAAUAAGACGCCAUGUUUGGAUGUCCCUGGUUUAAAGGUCAUGGUUCAGUGCCGUUAACUCGUCCAGAUGCAAACAUACAGCGAUCAGAGGUGGGGGCGGUUUGAGUCUGUUACACAAAAUUUAAUUAUUAACCGUGUGGAUUUCUGGGAGAUUUCAAACCUCUAUGCAACAGAUUUUAUUCCAUUUAUUUCCACUGAAACUGAAACUAUGCAGAAUGCAACUUUAAGUUAAACAGACGUCAAAGCUUCUCAGGCAACGCCGCGACUCGGCGAGAGGUCCACCGCUCUGAUCCUGAACAAUGAUCACGUGAUGUGAUGGAGACAGUCGGGACGUGUCAUGUGACUUCAGCAGAGACACUUUAGUCUUUGAAGACGUGAAAGCAGCAGCAGCAGCAGCAGCAGCAGCAGCAGCAGCAGCAGCAGCAGCGUCUCACUGCCAUCAAACCCAUGACUUCAGGUGUCUCCUCUCUCCUCUCUCCUCUCUCCUACUGAACGCUGACUCUCCUCAGAUGUUGCUCCUGUUUUUUUGGAACUGCUGUGAUCUCUUUGAGAACUUCAGUGUGUGAUGUUUGGAUGCAGAGGAAGUCCUGGUUCCUGCUGGUCUUGACGAGCAGUUUCCCCUCAGUACAGAUUACGUUAAGCACUGCAUGUGGUGAAAAUGCACUUGUCCUAGAAUGGUUCUAUAUGAGCUCGUGUUCUCUGGUUUCUUUAUGCCUGCCUGUUUUUGUUUUGUUGUUUUUUACCGUGAAAAAGAAAAAUGUUAAUUAAAAAUUGUUGGCCUUUCUAUAUGAACAAGUCUUUCAGGAUUUCUUCUCUUAAUGUCCAUGUUUACAAAGUAGAUCCUUCUGAACAAGGCCAAAUGAAUGAGCUCGCUCCUGCAGGGGGCGCCACCCUGUUAUCACAGUUGUACAGACCACAGUUAAACCUGGUGAUGAAUGUGGAAAUAAACAUUGACUUUACGAUCAUAGAA